CCUUUGGAUAACAGAAAACAGAUCAGUGCUUGUGUUGGUGGAUGAAAUUUUCGGGCCUGUUAAGAACCCGUACUACGUUGUUAGAUACAAUUCAAAAGAGGAAGUCCCUGCUGGAAUAUCUGAAGGUACCCUAGUCUCCUUUGUUGUGGAGUUUGCUGAUCAUGUCCUCAAUGACAAAAAUAUUUACAAGAAGGGGUAUGAUGCGCCUGGUGAGAACGAUGAGGAGUUGACUGAUGAGGCUGAAUUUUCGGAUGAUGAAAAGGAAGCUGAGUACAAGAGAAUGCAAAGAAUGGCAAAGAGGGGUCCUUCAGAUGAUAAGAAGCAUGGGGAGCGGGACUUUGUUGGAAAGGAAGCUGAGUACAAGAGAAUGCAAAGAAUGGCAAAGAGGGGUCCUUCAGAUGAUAAGAAGCAUGGGGAGCGGGACUUUGUUGAUAAGAAGAAGUUUCAACAGAAGCCUAGAAAUGUGAAUAAUAAUCAAAUUUCAUUGCCACCUUCAAGUGUUCCUCCUCACCAGAUCCAUGGUGGUUCCGGUAGUUCUUCAUCCCCUUUUGGAACAGGAAUGGCAAAUAAUUUUAGGCCUCCUUUUGGCCCAUCUACCUCACAGGUCCCACAAGCUUACAGUGGUCCUGCUCCACAGCAGCAUCCACCGCCUUCCAGCAUGGGUCCUGCACUACAGCAGCAUCCACGGCCUUCCAACAUGGGUCCUGCACCACAGCAGCAUCCACUGCCUUCCAACAUGGGUGUCACACAACAACAGCAUCCACUGCCUUCCAAUAUGGUUUGGCCAACUGGGCCGCCGUAUCAGCAGAACAGGAAUGGUGGUUCCGGUAGUUCUUCAUCCCCUUUUGGAACAGGAAUGGCAAAUAAUUUUAGGCCUCCUUUUGGCCCAUCUACCUCACAGGUCCCACAAGCUUACAGUGGUCCUGCUCUACAGCAGCAUCCACCGCCUUCCAGCAUGGGUCCUGCACCACAGCAGCAUCCACGGCCUUCCAACAUGGGUCCUGCACCACAGCAGCAUCCACUGCCUUCCAACAUGGGUGUCACACAACAACAGCAUCCACUGCCUUCCAACAUGGUUUGGCCAACUGGGCCGCCGUAUCAGCAGAACAGGAAUGGUGGUUCAGGUAGUUCUUCAUCCCCUUUUGGAACAGGAAUGGCAAAUAAUUUUAGGCCUCCUUUUGGCCCAUCUACCUCACAGGUCCCACAAGCUUACAGUGGUCCUGCUCCACAGCAGCAUCCACCGCCUUCCAGCAUGGGUCCUGCACCACAGCAGCAUCCACGGCCUUCCAACAUGGGUCCUGCACUACAGCAGCAUCCACUGCCUUCCAACAUGGGUGUCACACAACAACAGCAUCCACUGCGUUCCAACAUGGUUUGGCCAAAUGGGCCGCUUUAUCAUCAGAAUGCUGGUUUCCCCAUGAAUGCAAUGCCAUUUGUCCCAUAUCAACAACCUCAGCCGUUCUAUCAUCCACAAAUGUUUACAGGAUUCUCAAGUGGCCCCGCAAUGCCACAGCAUUUUAAUCCUAGUCAACCGCCAAUAUUAGGUCCAAUGCCAUAUGGGCCAUCAAAUAUCCUGCCAGGAAUUCCACCAGCUAUGCCUGUGUUCAUGAGCCAACCUGGAUUUAACCAGGGAGCUAUUCAGAUGGGUUUUCAGGGUUUCCCUCCACGCCCACACAUGAACCCUGGAGAGCAAGGAGUUCCAUCCCAGGGAUCACUCAAUCAAACUCAUAUAAAUGUGGGAGAGCAAGGCGUUCAGUCUCAAGGAUCAGGACCAUUAAAUGAGCAGAACAAUGGAGUGUGAUCAUCUUCAACACAAGGAAAAUUUUCAGCUCAGAAUAGGGUUAAUAAUCGGGUAGCAGCAUGUGGAAGAAGGCCAUACAGUCGAGGUGGUGGGAGGGGUCGGCAUUAAUUGAGGCUUGUGCGGUUGUGCCUUUUGUGGACCCAAAACAUGAAUUGAAAGUAAUGUAACUUGUUGAUGCUGCAGGCAUGCUUCUGAAAGUAUUAAACUGGCUUGCAAAUAUGUAUACAAGGGUGCCACACCAGGAAGCACUUUGUCAGGUUGCUUAUCGAGGAGAAAAGGCUAGCACAAGCUGGGGCCCGAGACAGUACCCUCGACUCGUCCGCAUCUUUAAACCCCAAAUGUUGAUAUCGGAUUUCGGAAACUUAAAGCAUGGAGUGUUCAGAGGGUGAGAGGAGACAGAGAAACCUAUGUAACUCUAAUUUUCCUGUAUGUCAAAAUUUAGCAACCCAUAAUCUGUAAAAAUAUUAUCAUCGGGAUGUAUAUAUAUAUAUACUAGGUAUCACCCCGGCCUAUGGCCGAGGCUCAACCUUAGCUUUUUCCGAUU